ACGUGAUUAUCACAGAAACAGGACGUUGAUAAAGUAAACAAUGACAUCAUACUUUUCUCCCCUUGCAAAAUUUGUUCAUUUAACAAUUGAAGUUAAGAUGCGCUUUGUAAUUUUACUCUCCUUGAUAGGAAGUCUUUACGCUUUGUCAUGCCCUUGCUGGCACUGGACAGAAGAACAAUUUAAGAACUAUUGUCCAGACAUUACACAAUGUCCUCUUGGUUUAACUCGCGACCCUUGUGGAUGUUGCCAAGAAUGUGAAAAGGAUGAAGGUGAAAAAUGUGGAGGACCUUGGUUUACUUCAGGAAAAUGCGGAACUGAAUUAAAAUGCCAGACUGAUGGAGGAGCCGAAGUAAGUGACAAAGAUUACUGGGGUACCUUGGAAAUUGGUACUUGUGUUAAAGAAUAUGACUUCGAGAUCGAUUAAAUUUGUAAUUCGAGUGUACUGUAUUUAAUCUUUUAAGACGAAUAUAAUAUGAAAUGUAUACUUAAAAAUGAAAUAAAUUGAAAACGUUGAAUUAUUGGGCUGCAAUUUGAAAGUUUUUUUCAAAUUUU